AUGAGCACGCCCCCGAAUUUCGCCAACCCAGUCGGCAUACAUCAGAACUUGUUCACCGUAUCAAUAUCGGACCAUAAUACAGGCUCAAAGGUAGAAAACACCGGCACCACCUCCGUCCUCAACACCAGCCUCGGCGCUCGGCACUCCUGGUCGUCGCCGAAACGGAAGACUGCAGGCCUGGCCCGCAAUAAACACGGUGGCUGUGUGUACCUGGGCGUUGAAAAGGCGAGCCGAAAGCCCGCGCAAGAUCGCCCAAGGAGCUCGCUCAGGGCUGUGAGAAGUGCACGGCCAUCCCCAGGCUCAAACAGCGGUACCACAUCGCCUCGUAUUAAUGUGCUGUCAGAUUCACCCGACUCGAGGCCCCAUCCUUCGGAGACCGGCCCUGGCUACUUGGGGUCUACCAGCUUUUCUGCUGUAUAUCAAGAGACGCAGAACAGUCUUUCACUUGUCAAGGGCCCGCUCAUGGGCUUUAAUACGGAUGCAAGCGAAAGUACUCCAGUUUCAGCGAUAGAGAAUGGCAACGCCGAUGCCACCACAAUUGUACUGUCGCCCCGAUCACUCGAGACCAGCCUAAUUGUGCUUCAUCGCAUACCUGACGAGGACUUUGCAAUUUCCCUCUUCGAAAAGCAUAUCAACCCAAACGACGGAUGGAUUCGUUUAGGUGCAAAGCGUGUCAUCGAAGCUUUGCACUCUGUCUUCGGUCGUCAGCUUAGGUCACGAAAGCCCAGAGAGCUUGAGGAACUGGCCCACCUGCUCUCUUCAAACACAGCCAAGCCAUGGUCUGAGGACGAGCUUGAGGCCGAGGCAUGGCUUUCAUCUUUUUCUGGUCGUCAUAUGCGGUGGGAGAGCAUGGGCAUACUGUUCACGUAUUGGGCGCUCGCCGCGCUUGCAGACCACCCACAUCGUCCUGAACUUCGAAAGCCGGAUGUGGGCCCAGCCAAGUUGACAUUGGUAUACAAAGAAGCUGCGGAACUCUGCGUCGAGCUUUGCAAAGGGUGUACGCCGAACAGUCUUCUGUUGUACCUCAACUACAAGGUUGCAAUCCUUGACUCAAUGAUUGCGGGCGACGCGGCUCCAUCGCUUUGGAGAUUACACGGCGAGAACGUCGCAUUGGUGACGUAUCUUGGUCUGCAUGCCUUGCAAAAUGAAAGCCCAUACGUACCAACUGUUGCUAAAGAGGUUCAGAGACGCCUUGUCUCGCAGAUCUUCGUGAUUGACAAGGUCUCUGCUUCUUUUAGCGGUCGGCCACCGCUGCUCAGCAGGAAGUACAUGCUGACACCACUGCCGCUGGACUUGUGCGACGAGACGCUGUUGUCGGACCGCGAGACUAUAGCAAAGGCUGUCGACGCAUUGGAUGAGAACGGCUGGAAUCGAGAAGGAAAGUACUACUCCACGACGAUUGUGCGGGCGAGGACAAAACUUGGACGGAUCAAGGAUGAGAUCAUGGAGGUUGCUCUGGGCAACCCAGUAUACACGUCCAUUGACGCCUUGUUGGCAUUGAAAGAGCACGAAUACACGGCUUUUGCUGGAAUACCGAGCGUUCUAAAAUACUCAUCGCAGGCGGUGAGAGACCCGAGCAUUCCGGCUUCAGAGAUGUACACUAAGAUCCUGAUACACCUCGAACAUCUUCAAAAUAUGUUCUUGAUUUCACGUCUGCUGGUCCAAUGGGGGUAUGACAGCAACGCCGACCUGCUGAGCGUUAGUUUCGAAAUGGUGUCGGUGACGCUGGUGUUCUGGACACACAUGGACCGACUGGCGGGGCUCCACGGGGAUUUCGAAUGGCUGGUCAUGGCCUUCGCAGCACCCUCCGGUGGAGUUCUCUGCAACGAACUCCUCAAGCCGUCCCUUCAACACACACCGAUUCGAGGAGUCACACGCUCCGGUAUCAUCCAGCAACUAAGCCUCUUGAGCGGCUUCCUAGACUGGGUCAGCCCGUCGGCGCCCAAUGGUGACCUGUGCAGCUCCUGCAAGGCCGUUAUCCAGCAUGUGUUGGAUUAUGCCCUCAACGCGCCGCCAGUAGAGCCGUCGAGCACGGCACCAGAGGGUGCUUUCGACUUGAACCUUGACCUCUCCUCGGACAUUGAUGCCAUUGACGGAUAUUUCAACUUCGACCUCUUAAAUACAUUCCACUUCGAGGCACCUCCGCUGAUGGGCGGAACCAAUGAGCUUUGA